CGCAACCGCCCCCAAUCGGAUAAGCGCUCUGACUCCGCGUCCUUUGCACUUCUCCUUUGGGAUUACUCGCCUAUUUAAGGGACUAGGCCGAACCCCUUCAUCAUCACAAUCAAACUCUCCACAUGGCUAAUAACGCCAACAGAGUUGUCUUCAUUGAUCUUACUAUUUCUGAUUCUUCUUCUGAUUCUUCUUCGUUGGCACUCCCUUCACUCGAGGCCCCAACGGCUGAGCUCUCUUCUGGGCCUCCUCUUGCCUCUGAACAAUCGGUGACUUCUCCCUUGCCCAGGGAGGAGAAUCACCCUCAUCUCCCCCCACAGGUGUCAGGGGGUGCUCCUCCGAGUCCCGGCGUGCUUCUUAACGGUGCCAGGACGGAAACCUCUUCUUGCCGUCCUGGCACGUCUCGUCCGCAGAAGAGACGCAAUCCCCACUCAGGAGCUUCCCGGCUGGUCUCUGGUGCGAGGCCUUCCUCCCAGGGUUCUCCUUCCCCUCAGCAGUCAUAUGGACAGCCACCUGAGGAGUGGGGGGACUAUGACAUGGGGGGAAAUAGUAAGUCUCGGAGAAAAGUCGUCAUCGGCUUAACCCCUUCCGGGACAUCUUCUUCUUCGGAUGAUGAUUCCUCCGCCUCUCCGGCUCAGUCCAACGACAUGGCUGGGUUGAGUCCCGGCGAGUUCUCAAGACUCUACCCGGCGCCUCGCCUUCCUGCACCAUCCCCUCCUAGUCCACCCAGGUUUCCAUCCGGGAGGAUAGACUGGGACUCUAUGACCCUCCAAGACUUCGCCUUGUACCAGAGGAUGUGCAGGGCUAAACUUGGACGCUCUCGGCCAAUUGUUGAGGAAGGACCUUCAUGUGAAAGCCGGACUGCUUCUCUAAACUUGCUGAAGUUUCCCAACGAUGGUUCUUCAUCGAGGGCUGCAGCUCCCCGUCCUGGGACGUGGGAAGACUAUGACAUCUGGGAGGCUGCUGAUUCCACAGCGUGUCCCUCGUCAAAGAGAAGAAGCCCAUGGAAGGGGCCCCCACCUCCUUCUUGGUGACUGCAUGGACGCAAUAGGCCCUCCGUCGGUGCCUAGGCCCCUGCAAAUCAAAUUUCUUUUCCCCAUUUUGUAUCAGGAGGCAUUCACUUGUUCGGUCCAGGAGUUUUCCCUGCGUUCCAAACUAAGGAAUGUUCCU